AUGGAAACGGGAUCGUGUCUCCCUCCGGAACUUGAACGGGAGAUCUUCGAGCUCGCCGCCCGAACGUGGCCCAGUGUAUGUUUCCCGCUUCUCCUGGUUGCGCGCCGCGUUCUCGUCUGGAUCGAGCCCAUGCUGUACAGAACGCUUACCUUCCACGAGCGCUCGAACUCUGCAAAGAUCGAGCUCAAAACCCCCGAGUUCUUAGCUCGUCAUGUCCGCCACAUCAUCAUCUCGGGCUGGGCAAAUGACGACCCUGCAGAUAUUCUGCGGUCCUUGCCGAGCGCAGAACACCUUGCGCUAGGUCAUGACCACACGAAACACCCACAGUUGACGGCGGCGGCAUUUCUGGCCAUGAACAAUCUCCGGCGGCUCGUCUUCUACUCUGCAGCGGUAUUUCCUUUUCUGUCGUCGCUGGUGUCGGCAGCGACCCUCCCUGUCUUCUCGCAGCUCACCCAUCUCGACUUGUUCGACUCCUUCAAUCCGGCCUUCGAGCAACUCUACCGCUCCCUCCCCGCACUCACUCAUUUGUCGCCGACAUCCGGAACACACUGGCCAACACUUGAACGCCUGCUUUCGCUUGAUAGUGGCUGUAAGCACCUCCAAGCGCUCGUUGUCUUCGAUGUCCAGAUGGCUCUUCCCGGCGAUUUGUUGGAGAUGCGCCUUGUUCUGACCCACCGUAAACCAUGGUUGCAUGGGUACCCGGAGGAGACCUGGGCAGAGGGCGCCUUUGACAGCGACACGUUUUGGGACGUCGCAGACGAGUUCAUCGCAAAGAAGAGGAAAGGGCUCAUCCUGGCAACAAACUUUACCGUCCCACGCGAUUUUAAGCACAUAGAAAUUGCGAAUGAUUCGGGGGCAAUGGACUGGACCUAG